AUGCCAGCAACGUGGGUGAAAUUCCUCUCCGGCUUGCCUCUAGUGGAUGCAGAAGCUUACCUGCGCUCGCUGCCCCGGCUGCUCCCCCACCCUCCUGCUCCGCAAGGAGUGGCAGCAGCACUCGCAGAUCCCGAAAGGAGAGCCUUCUUGGAAGUGCACAUACAUCCACGCCAUGGGAUACAGUAUGUGGGCGUGGCACAGGACCCGGGGGGGUCAGCAGCGCACAGGGUGCUGACGCACAAGCGCAUCAUGAAGGUGCUGUUCCUGCUGCCGCUGCACCCGCACAAGCGCAAGGCCAUGCGCUGGUGCCAGCGCGUGUGCCAGCAGGGUAUCGUCGUGGGGCUAAGGCGCUUCAAGUACCUCGCACAUAAGACAGACCGAGCCCCCAAGACAGCGCACUUCCAUCCCAAGGCGUUCUUCCUCGCUCUCGACUCUGUUGCUGCAUGGGACCUGCAGCAGCCACACGUUUUCCACCCAUUCACCUCUGCAUGGGAUGCGCGGGCAGUGUUUGGAAACUUUGACAGCUGCCCGAAUGUGCCGAAGCUGGCCGCUCGCAAGGCGGGGAUGAUCUGCAACUGCGUUCUUGUUCCCUUUUUCUUUUCAGCUCGCAAAACAGCUACUAACCUCUCUUCUUCUUUCGUACCUCCUGCUUUCCCCCGCUUCCUCCCUCCUUUCUUUCCCCCACUUCCCCCUCUGCUUCCCCUCUGCUUCUCGCAAUUCCCUUGCACUUGUCUACCCUCUCACAGCAUAGGGCUCAUCUUCUCGCGCACCUACCCAAUGCUUGAUGCCUCCACCAUCUCCCCUGCUAUGCUCCAAAUCGCUGACGACGAAACAUGUGAGAUGAGAGGGUUCCUGGGAGGCGUGGUGGUGAAGGGAACACUGCUGGUGGUCCAGCAGAUGCCAUCGUACGUCCGCCCUGGUGUGUGCAUCUUGCUCCGAAGCAGCAUGGUCAAAGUCGCCGCUCCUCUGCCAGACCCAGCAAGCAACCACACAGGCCUCUCUGCAUCCAUACUCUCGCCAUCACAACAGUCGCACCACUCCCAUCAGUCCCACCAAAUACUUCAGUCACAGCUGCAGCAGGCAGGUUCACAACCGCAGGUGCAACAGCAGUUGUCAUCCCAGCCACCAUGUCAACCCACCGGGCCUCUCUUUUCCAUAGAAGUCAAUGAAACCACCAAGGAGGCACUGCCAGCACGCCUCAACCGCACGGUGAUAGCGCUUCUGGAGAGGGGCGGGGUGCCCGCACACCUCUUCCUCGACCUCGUGCGUUCCGCUGCUGCUGCUGCCUGCGCACCUGUCACGGAACACAAGGCUGCCAUGAAACUGUUGCAGGAGAGCAUGCGGGGGCACAAGAGGGUGGUGGAUCCAAGGGACGUGCAGCUGGCGUGUCGCAUGCUGCUCUCCACUGUGGACCUGCGCGAUGCAUUCAUUCAGCGCGUGUUGUGGCGCCUGCAGUACUCGCACAUCCAGAGCCUAGCGAGUGGCAAGGUGGAGGUGCCGCACUGCUACUACCUCAUGGGCGUGGCUGAUCCCUCCAACACACUCGCACCCAACGAGAUUGUUGUGCUGCUGUGA